AAGUUCGACGCCGCCCUCCUCACCGCCGAGGGCGCGCGGAGGGAGCCGUCCGUCGUCUACUGCUGGGACCCGUCCUCGAUGGACAUGCUCGGCACGCUGCCGGUGGCGUCGGCGGAGGACGUCGCCGCCGCCGUCGGUCGCGCGCGUGUCGCACAGGCGGCGUGGGCGGGCUCGACUUGGGGCGCGCGCCGCCGGCUGCUCCGCACGAUGCUGCGUUUUGUGACGGAGAACCAGCGCGCAAUCGCCCGCGUCGCCGUGCGCGAGAGCGGCAAGACGAUGGUGGACGCCAUCUUCGGCGAGAUCCUCGUCACGUGCGAGAAGCUCAAGUGGACCAUCGCGCACGGCGAGGCUGCGCUGCGGCCGGAGCGGCGGCCGACCGGCACCCUCGCCAUGACCAAGCGCGCCUGGGUGGAGUGGCGGCCGGUGGGCGUGGUGGGCGCCAUCGUCCCGUGGAACUACCCCUUCCACAACGUCUUCAACCCCGUCAUCUCGGCGCUCUUCGCCGGCAACGGCAUCGUCAUCAAGGUUUCCGAGUACGCCUCAUGGUCGACCCUCUACUACGGGCGGGCCCUCCGCGCCAUCCUCGCCGCCGCGGGGGCGCCGACCGACCUCGUCCAGUUCGUGACGGGGUACGGCUCGACCGGCGCCGCGCUGGUCUCUCUAGGCGUCGACAAGCUGAUCUUCGUCGGGUCGCCGUCGGUGGGAGGGCACGUGAUGCGCGCCGCCGCCGCGAGCCUCACCCCGGUUGUGCUGGAGCUCGGAGGAAAGGACCCGUUCGUUGUCUGCGACGACGUGAGCGAGGCAGAGCUCGACCGCAUCGCGCAGGUGGCCUGCCGCGGCGUCUUCCAAAACAUGGGCCAGAACUGCGCCGGCCCAGAGCGGUUCUUCGUCGCGGACGCCGCGUACGCGGGCUUCUGCUCGCGCGUCGGCGCAAUCGCGUCACGCCUCAAGUGUGGUCCGCCGCUCGACGACGCAGAGGUCGACUGCGGGGCAAUCACCAUGGGCAGGAGGCAGAUGGGGCACUACCAGGCGCUCGUCGACGACGCGGUGUCCAAGGGCGCGCGGCUGCUGGUCGGAGGGUACACGCCCUCCGGCGACGACCCGCUCGCGGCGGGCUCCUUCUACCCCCCGACAGUGCUCGUCGACGUGCCGGAGAGCGCCGACAUCCUGCAGACGGAGAUCUUCGGCCCGAUCAUGUGCGUGGUGCGCGUGGCCGACUGCGGCGGCGCCGCCGCCAACGACGACGAGGCCGUCCGGCUCGCCAACAACUGCGACUUUGCGCUCUCGAGCUGCGCGUUUGCGCAGUCGGCGCCGCGCGCGCGCGCCGUCGCGGCUCGGCUCGAGGCGGGCAUGUCCGCCUCCAACGACCUCGAGGGCUCCACCUACCUCUCGCAGUCCCUCCCCUUCGGAGGCCGCAAGCAGAGCGGCUUCGACCGCUUCGCCGGCAUCGAGGGCUUGCGCGGCCUCACCACGCCGCGGGCCGUGUGCGACGACGCGCUCGAGUGGCUGCCUUUUGGAAUGGGCGCGCUGCUCCGCACCGCCAUCCCGCCGCCGCUGCAGUACCCCUCGCGCGGCGGCGGCUUCGACUUCGCCUCGGGGCUGAUCGAGCUCUUCUACGGCGAGGGGGUCUCGCUCAAGCUGCGCGGCGUCGCAAAGCUGAUCGGGGCCGCGGCAAAGUAGCGGCGGCGGCGGGGCGGGAGGUGGGCGGGGCGGAGGAGAAAGGGCGGAGGCGCGGGGGCUAGGAGGUGGGCCCGCUUGAGAGGGGGUGCCAACCAGGUAGCAACCACGUCCCCUGCCACGUGAGACGGGCGGGGAGAGGGAGGGGAACGGGAGGGUCGGCUCGGUGGGUCGGCCGAGAGUGCGUGUCUCAAGAUUAUAUGCAUGCGCAUGCUCACGAGAUCGCGCGUGGCUGUGUCCGUAAAUCUUUUUUAUCCUUUCGCGCACAGGCCUCGAAGAGGA